AUGGAUGCGAAAGAAGUCGAACUGCGCGGCAAGGCUAUCACAAAGUCCUAUGCUGCUGGCGACCCGUCCUCUACUCUCCUGGAUCUCCUGAAAGGCCUUCGCGAAGGUGUACGCGCCACCGAGGACCUGCUCCGCUCGACGCGCAUAGGAGUGACCGUGAACAAGCUGCGCCAACACAAGGACCCCACAGUGGCGAAACAAGCGAACGAACUGGUAGGCAAGUGGAAAACUGAUGUCAGGAAGGCCGCCUCAGGUUCGGCCACGCCGAAGGCCGCCAACGGGAUUGCGUCCCCCGCCCCUGCUGUACAGUCUUCGACCCCUCCAAAGAUCAAGAAGCACAAUGUCGCUCCUGAGAACAGAAGCCAUAAGACCGACAAGGUGGACUGGAAGGUCACAGGGAAUGACACUCGAGACAACUGCGUGAGGCUCAUGUACGAUGGCCUUGCACAUAUGUCAGAAGACCUUCCGGAAGACGUACUGCGCAUGGCCCGAGAUGUGGAAGUGGCUGCAUACAACGUAUAUCAAUCUGAAACAAGCGAACAGUACAAGACCAAGCUUCGCUCUUUGUACCAGAAUCUCAAGAACAAGUCCAACCCGCAGCUACGGAAGCGCAUUCUCUCUGGCGAGAUUACGGCGAAACGCUUUGUUGUCAUGACACACGAGGAGCUCAAGUCAGCUGAGCGCCGAGCGGAAGACGCACGCCUUGAGAAGGAGAAUAUGAGGGAGGCAAUGGUUGCACAGGUGGAAAAGAGCAUCAGCGCCACAUUCACGUGCGGGAAGUGCAAGCAGAAGAAAGUCGCCUACAGUCAGGCGCAGACGAGAAGUGCCGAUGAACCGAUGACAACGUUCUGCGAAUGCACCAACUGCGGAAAUAGAUGGAAGUUUUCUUGA